AUGUACUUUCUCUCUCUCAUUCUCGCCCUUACUACCCACCUCCUCGGCGCCUCCGCCGCCCCUACACACUCCACCCUCCCCAAUCCCCUCGCAAUCCCAAACCCAAAUUUCCCCACCUACGACACCGAUCUCGCUGCAGCCAUAGCAUACGCUCGCUCGCACCCCGCUCCAAGCAUCCAUGCAGCCUUGAUCUCCGCCCACGACGAGAACAGCGAAGCCACUACUCCCACUCCUACUUCCACCACUUCGACUGACGCCAACACCAACACCGCACCCAGCAAGCAAAACAUUCAAUGCGGCGUCUACACCAACAUCGGGGGCCACUUCAGCUUCCCCAUCUACACGACAGAGCAGUACUGCAACGAGACGGAGGAAGCCGAGGAGAUGGACGAGUUUUUCAAUUUCUACUGUGGAUUUUGCAUUGUUUUUCAUGGUGAGUCUACUGAUUUCCUUGCUUGGGAUUUUGAGAGAGGGUUAGGUUUGUGGAUGGAAAAGGGGUGA